CUCCACCCCCCUCUUUCUCUCUCUCUCUCUCUCUCUCUCUCUUCUUCUGUCUGUGAUUCAAUUUCUUCUUUCCACACAUCCUUCUCUCUCCACUUCAUUUAAAGGGGGUUUAAAGCACAUUGACUUCAUAGAUUUUAAAACCAAACCUGCAUUUUCUUUCUCCCAAAUAUAGUGCAUGGUUACUCGGAAAUUCCACUUCUUUCCCGGGAAACCGGUUAGAAGGAUACAGAGUUUUGGUGUAAUAUUGACAUUCGUCUGUGAUGGAAGGCAGGCGUUAGAGCAAAGCUUGUGCUCCCCAAUGGUCCCUCUGUCUGAGGAAGUUAUCUGCCGAAUGGCGCAACGGACAUAGGAGAGCGUUUCGUCCAGCACAGCGUGCAAGUGGAACAUCAAGCUAAGAGUCCAGGAAGCUAACUUUUCUCCUUCCAACAUGCCUCCUUGGCAAAUGCUAGAUUCCGAGUCUGACAAAUAGCCCAAGAUUGCGUCCCAUCCAGGCUCUCAGCACUUGGACCCAUCAGUCCAAAAGUGAUGGAGGUUCCUGACUGGAAGGUCUAUCUUCUGGAGCGAAAAAGAAAGGAUGAGGAAGAGAUGAAAAGGAGAGAGAGGGAGGAAGAGGAUCGCCUUGCCAAGAUGCCUGCCUGGAAGAGAGAGAUUAUUUUACGAAGAAAGGCCAAAGCUGAAGCUUCCAUGUUGGAGAACAAACUUGAGAUGGAAGCUGGGGAAGAGGAGGAGAGAGAGAAGGUAGGUGGUGGUGGAGGAGCAACAGAAGAAAAAGAAAGCCGGGUGCUGAGGGAAAAUAUUGGGCCAGUUCAGCAAAAUCCAUUUAUCCAACAGGAGAAGCAGAGGAAGAUCCCAGAGUACUCCAGUACAAGAUCAAAGCCUUCCAUAGAGCAAACAGUCCACCGCAUUGCAAGGGUUGAGGACAUAGUCAGAGAUCCACAUCCACCAAACGAGGUAAAGGAACAACAGGGGCCUCCAGAGGACCACCAGUCUCCUUCAGUGGAAGGUAAAGGCAGGGUGAGCAGGCUGCUUAGCCGUUUUGGAGGUUCAAGAACGGAAGAUGAGAAUAGUGACCCUUGUUUACAGUGGAUCAAUGGGGAAGUAGAUGGGACGACAAAGACAUUAUUGUCCACUCCUCAUGUAGUGGUUGAUUCUGAGAACCAGGCCUCAUCCUCUGUUGCUAACCCUACUCCGCCUCCUCCUUCCUGCCUUCAAGCUGCCACGGGAAGCCAGGCUUUAACUCAGGAAACCACUCUCUCCUCCCACGUCCCCUCAUCCUCUUCCUGUGUUGACUCUGAGCCAGUUGAGCUCUCGACCUGUAUGGCCCCCACAGCCAUGAGUGGGUUCAGCAUCAGGCCUAGACUGUUGGAAGAAGUCAGGUCUUUUCCUUUUCAAUUGCGACCAGCAUCUCCUGCCAGAAAUUUAAAACUGACUACCCAGGUUUCACCUGCCGCAACGAAGCCCGAAACCUAUAAGCUUAGCACUGGAAAAACAGAGGAUGAUGGACAACGUGGGCUCAGUCCUUCCAGGGUCAAUUGCAAUUUCCAGAACAUAAAAAAAGGGACAGGGGAGAACCAGGCUGUGCAGAGGAGGAUAGGCAAUACCAUUACAGUCAACCCACGUAAAGUAGCGGUCUGUGAGAAUGGGUUUGGUGCUACAGAGACUAAAAGCCCAGCCACCAGGCCAGAGUCUGGCAAGAAGCGGUAUCCAACAGUAGACGAGAUCAAAGUAAUUGGGGGAUACCUGGCUUUGUCUAGGUCCUGCAUGGCCAAACACACUCGGGACAAGAAGAAGCUGAACAUCUCUUUUCCUGAGGCGGAACUUGAGCGCACCUUUGAAUAUCCUUCGGAGAGCUCUCUGCUUGCAGAGUACGGGCCGUCAGAGGAGCCGGACACCUCAUUCCCUUCACUCAGUCAGUCUGAGGAUGACGAAGAAGAGGAAAGUGCUCUGUUGGAGGGCAUACUGAGAAGGAAAGCUCUCAUAGUCGAUGAGUCCUGCAAACGCUGAGGAGGAAACAAGGCGCAUUUUGGGUACAAAGCAUCAGACACCUUUGGAUCCCUGGUAUUUGGCCAUUGGAACUAGCUAUGUUUACCAGUGACAACCAGCUCGCCCAGACUAGUUUACCAGUGGCGCUCAUAGCCGUCACCAACGCAGCUAAGGGGUGGAACGGAUCUACAGAUAUAUGGUUGCUUCUGCACUUGGACCAAUGUCGCUAGUGGGACUAGUGAUGGCUUUGGUACUGAUUAAAUAAUUUAGUGUUCCAGUGGAACCAGCAACAGUUGCCAUUAAGACUCAUGAAACCCAUCAUGGUAGAACUCCAUCUUGUUUGCUUAGGUUGACCUAAUUGCUUAUUUACUUGUGAAUCUUAUCAAGUCCUUUUCUUUUUUACAGUGGAACUAACACCAAUGACCAGUCCCUGUAAAACAUACACAGUGGUGAGACUAGUUUUAGCCAUACAUUGUUAUUAAAAAAAAAAAAGAAAUUGGUUCAUAGUGACAGUAUUUAUACAAACUCGCACAAUUCAUUCAGCCUGGUGUCCAAGUUGGCACACUGGCUGAGUGUGAUCUAUCUCGUCACAAGCAUGCCACUCAGUAGCCAUGAGUAGUACUAGUUACUGCUGAAAACCACUAGUAAACCAUUCAUCUAAAUUAUAUUAUUUAGCAUGCUCGUUACUAUUGGCAAUUAAAUCACUUGCCAUUUUCUAGUUACUUGGACCAAGCUUCUUGCCGCUAAACAAGCUGCCCGGUAAUGUUUUUAAUAUUAGUGAUAAAUCAGGAAUAUUGCUUAGACAACUAGUUAGAGAUACUUGUAGAUUCCUACGUCAUGCCCCGGUUAAAAAAGAAAAGAAAAAUUUGGGUUGGUGAUCAUCAGAAAACAGCCGCUGAACGGUGAGGGAGACUUUGGCUCGGGAUCAUUACAGUUCCUGGUGAGGGCACACUGGUUUAAACUAAUUCUGAAUUGCUAGUUAUUAUUAUUACCGGCAAGUAUUUCUUUAAACUGCUUAUGUCAUUAUUUUGAGGGGGGGUUUUAUAUAUAUUUUUAAUAUUUUUGUAUUUUUCUAAAGGAACUGUUUAUGAAGAAAAACAAAUUGCUGUCCAGGCUUUAAGAUACACUUGAGUGCCAAUCCCUGUGUUCUGAUUGGUUGCAGGGAAAACAUGUCAUACUGUACUACCGUGACCUUUGUCGCUCCAGCCACGUUGAAUGUUUUGCUAUAUUUUGUACUCUGUUUAUUUUUUGUUCUUUUUUUUACAUUUUAUUUUAUUUUAUACUCGUAUUGGUGGAAAAUGACAUAUGCGGUAGAGUAGUUAUGGACCCACAGUCUACACGUAAUGGAGACGGCAGUUUUGACGGACUAAAUAGAUGCUCACAAGGAAGCGGUCUAAUGAUUCAUGAGGAACUUGUCACCUCACUGAGGCACGAAGCUCUUGAACUGAAAUUGGCCACAAGAUGGCUGUCGCCACAGUGUGUAGCUGACUGGCCCGUUUUAAACUUCAGGAAAGGGGGAAACUUUUUUCUGGGCUCACUGGACAUCGUAAUACUCCAGCAGAGGCAAGUCUGCUUUCAUAAUGCACUGUGUUUUGCACUUAAUUUUGAAUAUUUUAAUAUAUGUGUGUGUAUGUUAUCUCGUUUGUAUUUCUUUGAUGGAAAUUAAUCCAAAUCGGGAUAAGAUGGAAGCAGCAUCUCUUAAAAUGUGCAUGCUGUAAAAUAUAGCAUUCAGAGUGACUGAAGCAACGUUUGUCUAUGUGUUGAUUACUCAGUAUCACUAUAGAGAGCAGCAUGAUCAUUGGUGGGUAGGUUUUCGGAAUCAUCAUAUAGUGGGGCGUUGUCGGUGUGUAGGUUGUAAUAGAUGGUCAUACUCCACAAUGAUAUAGAUUACAGCAUGCCGUUUCUCCAGGUGUAUCUUUGUAUGUUUCUUUAAUGAAUGUAACUUGGCAGUAUGUGGACAGCAGUGAAGCGUUCAAGGAGAACAGUGUUCGGUCUUGACCCAAUUUUAAUAUCAUGAAUAUAUCCAUAGACAGGAUUUAUCCCAAAGCUGAAAAAAAAAAUAUAUAUAUAUAUAUAUAUAUCUAUAUAUAUAUAUAUAUAUAUAUAUAUAUUCCAGCAUAACUAAUAUUUUAAUUUAAACUUCUUAUUGCAUAACUUCCCUGCCUAGGCCGCAUUGUCCAUUGCUUGGAUCCUGGUGGGAAUAGUAGGAUUGUGCCACUGUGAAUUGUGUCAUUGUGGUGCAGUGCCCUACUUCUCAGUGCCGCAAAUUGUACCAUGACGCGUUUCACCAUGAAUCCUGAAGAUUAAGACCCUAUUACGCUUGCUUUACUGGAGAAGUGGGUAGGAUCCGAGAGGCUGGUCUACUAUCCUGAGAUGUUAGGGGGAGCUCCCUGAAAUUCGGGAGUUUCACAGACAUUCCAGGAGAGUAGCCACGCGUACAUUUGUUCUUGAGUGAUCUUCAGACUUCUUAACAUUUUAAACUUCUCUAGGCUUGAGGAUAUGAACACCAACAACACUAGCGGUCACCAGGGACUGGACUCCAGGUGGUUUGUAGAAGGGAAACGUUUGAUUAAUUCCCCCGGAGUUCCCCUCUGUUUACACCACACAUAAAGGGCUGUUUGACUGAUACUUCCUCUUUAGAGAAGAAAUCUGAUCGCCUUAAUUAUGAGAGGGCUUUCAUGGGGUUCUCCAUGCAGAGCAGUAGAUCACCAUCAGCUGACCAGCUCAGAGCGGAGAUUUUCUUUUGUAAUGCUGGCCACGUGCACAUACAUCAUUCUCACCUUUGUGAAUAAGCAAUUUAUCUUCAAUAUGAUUGCGCGGUCAUACAUUUGAGGCACAAAGACAUUUCAGUUUCAUCACUUUAAAUACCAUCAUUUGUAAUUUGAUCUUAAGUCAAAACAUUAUCGAUUGCUUUAAACUUUAAUUGCUAUACCGAACAUCAGUUAGAUAACCAAUCCUUUCGGAUUACAUUUUUUGACCAAAUCUGAUAAUACAGUACGUUUGCCGCCUACAGAGGACUGUGUUGUCACCUGCACGUGUUUAUUCUUUAACAGGUCUAUAAGGUAACAAAUUAUUGUAAUGUGGGUGGCCAGCCUGCCUAUACCAUGGUUCCAGGUCUGAUUGAGCAUUGUGUAAACAAUGCACACCUCUCAUUGACUUGCUCCUGACGGCCCUGGGAAGGUUUUUGCAGGUCUGCAGACCCAUAUGUCUGUGUAGCUUCCAACAUUGUUGAAUGUACAAUUUAGUGGAACCUAGCACUGUGACCUAUAGAACAUUACAGUUUGCUAGAGAGGAAGAGGAGGUGCAUGGGAAAUCGGGUCUGCAGACUCGUCCAUUCAUUUCCGUGCACAAUGGGAGUACACAGAUGAGCGGUGUGCAUUGUCUAUUUAUACAUUUUUACAGCUCAGAAAUUGCCACUUGGGUCACAAAUCUUGACUAUGCUCCUAUACUGAUACUGGAGUGGUAUCCAUUCCUACGCAUAAUCCAAAAAAAAAACGGCUGCCAUUUUGUUUUUGCAUUGUUAAUAAAUCAGUAUUCAAACUUGUGUGUGGUCUUUUUUCCUCAUUGUAAAAUGUAGAACUUAAACGGUCACAAGGGGAUCACUAACAAGUAGAAAAGCACUGCACUAUAAAAUUCAUUUUCUGUGUGCGUUCUUUACAUCAAUACAUAUUCUCUGAGCUAAGCUAAUGUCUACUGAUGAGAAGUAUUAAAGAAAAAGCAAAAAAAAAUACAUUAAAUACAAUGAUUUUAGUAAAAUUGACUCGUGGACAUUUUAGUGUCAUAGUCCAGCCAGAGACAAAUCUGUCAUCUUUCCUUCCAGCAGUCAGGCAAAAAACUUUCCCUGGAAUGUAAUUAUACUAAAAUGUCAGCACAUAUGGCAUAGGGUCAUGAAUAACAUGCAGCUAUAUAUGAAUCCUACGUACUGGGAUUCCCAAAAGGAUUAGGCAGAAUGGGUCUCUGGCUGCUCUGUUUUUAUAUAAUAUAAAUAAAAUCUGCGUUAUGACCCUCUGCUGGUUAUAACUGGUAUUGUCAUCAAUAUUUUGUAUUCUAUGGAUUUUUCUUUUUGCGCUUACUAGACUCUUUUGGACAUAUAUGUAAAGUUUGGGGAGUGCCAGGCACCUUGAAUCCCCCCACACACAAAAACUGUUGAGAUGAUCUAUGUGUUUUAAGGUGCUUUUGCUCCAGGCUGGAUUAAGGUUUGUGGGCGCCCCAGGGCAACUAACUUGUUUGGACCCCUACCAAUAAAAUUGUCAAUAGA